UUAUGUAGGCCUAUUUGUUAUUUUUAAGAUUUAGAUGACUGAGGUAACAAUGAAUGUGUGGGGCUUAAAAUACCAGGGAAACAUAAUAAGAUGUUUCUUUUGAUUUUCUCAAAUUUUAAAUUAGGAUAAAACAUCGAGCAAGUCAGGAAGUUGGAACAGGUGGUCUUGUCUUCAGUCCUGCUCGUGCUGUGAUUGGACGCUGCUCUUGUAGGUAACAUAGCAUCUGACUGCCAACGUCAACACCACCACCAGCAGACAAGUUGGCCAGGCUACAUUGUUACAUUUCUCUCCAGAAAGAAAUCACCCUCCCAACAACAUGUCUAGUAAGAGGGCGAAGGGAAAGACCACCAAGAAGCGCCCCCAGCGCGCGACCUCCAAUGUUUUUGCCAUGUUUGACCAGUCCCAGAUCCAGGAAUUUAAGGAAGCAUUCAACAUGAUUGACCAGAAUCGGGAUGGUUUCAUUGAUAAAGAAGAUCUACAUGACAUGCUAGCUUCACUCGGAAAGAAUCCCACUGAGGAAUACCUUGAGGCGAUGAUGAACGAAGCACCCGGGCCCAUAAACUUUACCAUGUUUCUCACCAUGUUUGGAGAGAAACUCAACGGCACCGACCCUGAGGAUGUGAUCCGGAACGCUUUCGCCUGCUUUGAUGAAGACGGAACAGGUGCCAUUCAGGAGGAUUACUUCCGAGAUCUGCUGACCACCAUGGGAGACAGGUUCACAGAUGAGGAGGUGGAUGAACUCUUCAGAGAGGCCCCUAUUGACAAGAAGGGUAACUUCAAUUAUGUGGCCUUCACACGCAUUCUCAAACAUGGGGCAAAGGACAAGGAUGAUUAAGCAUAGACGGAUAACUACUAACCUGCAAAUAACCUCUUUGUGUGUCAUGCUGUUGUGUGUUCCUUAGGGGUUCCUCCUGGUUUUGAUCAUUAGUAAUUUUCCUUACUAUGCAAGGUCAUUUUGUAGACAUCCACUAUACAUGGUCAAUCACCCUUCCUAUUGGUCAUACAGUAGAAAAUGUGCACUUUAAGGACAUGAUCAAAUCAUGGUCAAUUAUCUGGUUUUGAUGUAUUUUUGUAGUUUGUAAGCUUUUGAAAUAAAACCAGUCAAUUACC